CUGUAUUUUUCAGACUUUUAACUCCAGUCCUAGGGAGCCCUGAGCUUGGAAAAAUAGCCACAACCACCAGUUCUCAAGUCAUGGGGGAUUAAAAUACAUGGGCUUAGGACUUGAGUCUUAGUACACAAGAAAGGGGGGUGUUAGGGAGAUUUCUGACAGGCAUGGGAAGCAUCACUCUUGUACUUCCCCAUGAGUGUAAGAUUUUUGCACACAGUUUAAUUCUCUUUCAGUUUAUAGUAAGGACUGCAGUUCUCCAGCAGUUCUGUUUUGUACAAUUAUACCUUGGCUCCCUGCUGUGAGAUCUGAGUGGAUUUCUGCUUAGCCUGGCUAUGCUUUUGUCAAAAGGGAAUUUGUUGCAAAUUAGAGGGGAAGAGAAAAUGACUUUAAAACAGAAAUAGAGGAUCAGGAACCUUCCUGCUAGUCUCUGGAGAGCUGAACAUACAGGACAGGUUUUAUCUGCAGCAGGGGAGGGUGGCACAGUAGCCUCACUGUCCCUUUUGGGCAUCAGGUUGCAGGAGCACCACAGAGGCAAGACAACUUUUUUUUUGCUUUUCUGGGGCAAAUGUAUUAAGCAAGAUGUUGUUUGCUGUGUACUAGUCUCUGAGCAUCUGAAACUGGAAGCUGCUUGCAUCCCAGGGACCUCUGACCACUUUUCCUCCAUAGCAGGUUGCUCCUGAUAACGCGUGAACCGCGCUGUGUGUUUGGCUGCCUCUCCUUCAUCCCCCGAGCCAGCUCAGUUUUGGCUUCCUGUGGCUAAUUUAUGCAACGUGCAAGGGAACGGGAUGGCAAUGGUGGGAGCAGUGGGAAUGCUCCUUGCUCAGCAGGAGCUGGAGCUGCUUCCGGGCAUUAGGACCCGGAGGCUGCUGAGAGGAGGAGGCUGAAUCCCCCUCCCGCUCUCAUCCCUGCUGCAGCUUUAUUCCUCAUCUCCUUCCAUGGUGACUGACUACCUCCUGCCCCAGCUGGCAGCCAGAUCCAGAAGGCCUCGCUAGGACCGGUUCCCAGGACCCGUUCCAUGGCAUCUCCCAGGACUAUCACCAUCAUUGCCCUCUCGGUGGCCCUGGGGCUCUUCUUCAUCUUUAUGGGGACCAUCAAACUGACCCCGCGGCUCAGCAGAGAUGCCUACAAUGAGAUGAAGCGAGCAUAUAAAAGCUACGUGCGGGCCCUCCCCAUGCUGAAGAAGAUGGGAAUCAGCUCCAUCCUUCUCCGCAAGAGCAUCGGGGCCCUGGAAGUGGCGUGUGGCAUUGUCAUGACACUGGUGCCCGGUCGCCCCAAAGACGUGGCCAACUUUCUCCUCCUCCUCCUGGUGCUGGCUGUGCUCUUUUUCCACCAGCUGGUGGGGGACCCCCUCAAGCGUUACGCCCACGCCCUGGUCUUUGGGAUCCUGCUCACCUGCCGCCUGCUGAUCGCCCGCCAGCCCGAGGAGCAGCCGCCGGAGAAGAGGAUCCUGUCAGUGAACGGGGAUGAGCAGCCACUCAUCCAACAAGCAGCUCCUGAGAAAGGCAAAAUGAAGGUAUCUUAGUUGAGUGCAUGUGAGAAAUAUGGACCCUCGGGGCAGCUCUCUCCAAAAUCACCCAGAAAAAUGGUUUGUUUUGUUUUGUUUUUUCUUAAUUUACCUAUUUAUAAUUUUUUUGUCCGUCUAAAUAAAGUUGCACUUCGAAGUCUGAGAGACAC